UCUCUUGUGCUGUAUAUACUAUCUUUGUCAGGUUCAACAGCUGGGUGGAACUCCGACAAAAAGUUGCUUCAAUGACAUUUUCUAUAGGGAUGAAAGUUUGACUCUGAGACAAGCUAUCUGUUGUAUGAAGUGUUUAUUUCCACCACGGUGUCAUGGAUUUUAAUGUUAAACGGUUAGCUGCAGACGCCGGUACUUUCCUGAGCCGCGCGGUACAAUUUACAGAAGAGAAACUUGGCCAGGCUGAAAAGACUGAGUUGGAUGCCCAUUUGGAGAAUCUUCUGAUCAGAGCUGAGAACACCAAGCAAUGGACAGAAAGGAUUAUGAAGCAGACAGAAGUCUUACUACAGCCCAACCCAAAUGUCCGGCUAGAAGAAUUUGUGUACGAGAAACUGGAGAAGAAAGCCCCUACACGAAUGAACAACCAUGAGCUGUUGGGCCAGUCCAUGAUUGAAUCAGGGGGUGAAUUUGGUCCUGGCACUGCCUAUGGAAAUGCUCUGAUAAAAUGCGGUGAGACGGAGAAGCAGAUUGGUGGGGCCGAGCGGGAGUUAAUCCAUAGUUCUGCCAUCAACUUCCUGACACCUUUCAGGAACUUUCUGGAGGGCGACUUCAAAACCAUCCUGAAAGAAAGGAAGCUACUGCAGGUCAAACGUUUGGAUUUGGAUGCAGCCAAAACCCGACUAAAGAAAGCCCGGAUGACUGAUGCUAGAGCUGCAGCCGAGCAGGAGUUGAGGAUGUCCCAGAGUGAGUUUGAUCGGCAGUCGGAGAUCACCCGACUGCUGCUAGAAGGCGUCAGCAGCACACACGCGCACCACCUCCGCUGCUUGAAUGACUUUGUGGAGGCGCAGACUACAUACUACGCCCAGUGUUACCAGUACAUGGUGGAUCUCCAGAAGCAGCUGGGCAGUUUCCCCUCGACCUUCUCCAACAACAACCAGUCGUCGGCGUCGGGGGGGGCCAGCAUCUCGGUGCCCACCAUCCCGGUGUCGGCCUCCCUGCCCAGCGUGUCCGCGGGUCACGGCAGCUCCACGGCGUCGGGGGGGUUCAACGAGCUGAGGAGCUCCAACGGCAGCCGCAAAGCCCGAGUGCUCUACGACUACGACGCCGCCAGCAGCAGCGAGCUCUCCCUGCUGGCUGAUGAGGUGAUCACAGUCGGCAGCGUCCCAGGCAUGGACUCAGACUGGCUGAUGGGGGAGCGCGGCAACCAGAUGGGCAAAGUGCCCAUCACUUACCUGGAGCUGCUUAACUGAGACCCCCCCCCCCCCCUUUCAGCCCUCUGUAACCAGCUGUGAUCUCAUAUUUAUAUAUUGUGUUGCAGGGCCACUUUCUCUUCCAUUCAGCCAUUUUACAAUGAGUUAUAUUUCUAUGAAAAGGAGUCUCACUUUUAGCAGACUCAAUUGGAAUGAAUAUUUUGAGUGAAAGGAAGCCCGAUCCCCGAUGUGUGUUUGUACCUAACUGCAGUACAUUUCUAAAACCUGCUUCCACGCCUCCUUUGUGUUUGAUCCCAUGCAAUAUGUGCCAGAACAUCUCCCAAAUUGUAUCUUAAAAAAGAAAAAAAAAUUGCUUUUGUUUACACAUAUAUCUCAGAUGGUGAUUUCAGUGCUUUUAUCGUGAGGGUUUUAUAUCCCUCACUGCAAGUUUUCAAUACACAUUAAGUACAAAAAUGAACUUCAGUUUGAAGCAGAGAUUGAUACUGAUCAUAAAGUCUUAUUUUAUAAUUGAUAAUCUUAUUGUGCAGAAGCCGUUAUGAUUAUCCAAAAUAUGAAUUAUUUUUUUUUUGUGAGUCGGCUUUAUUCAGUUUAACACAUUCGAUUGAUGACCGAGUUAAAAAUAAGAGACGUUGAAACUGCUGAUAACCAAGAAGUUCCAAAACUCACUUGGCAUUAUUAUUGCCAGACAUUAUUUAGUGCCUAUCACCGUGAAUCGGCCUUUCUAAUAAUCAAUUGCCUUUUUGUAGCUGCUGCAGCAGUAUUGAGACUAAAUCAGUCUCCUUUUCUAUUAUUGAACCCCAAUAUUCUAAGUUAUUGACAAUUGAACACAAGCAUUUCCACGUUUAUAUUCAAUUUAUUUACCAGAAGACGUUUUGUGUCUGAUUAAAUUAUUAAUUUGUGUAUUCUCCAUUUAUCCAAACUUUGUGACAUGUUAGUCAUCUCUGGUGUUGGUUGACUUAACUUUAUAAAAAAAUAUAUAUACUUUUUUUACUUUUACAAUAUUAAAUCCCCAUAAAGCUACAUUUCAACUUCACAUUGCCAUUCUGGGAGAUCAAAUGAUAUUACCACAUGCCUGCCUUUUGUUUUGUGUGUAACGGAUGAGAUGGCAUACAUUUGUAAAAUAAAUAUAAACAAUAUGAUGCAUUAAAAUAAGAAAAUAUAA